AUGUCGCCACACCGCCUCCGCAACCUCGAGCUCAUCCCAGACCAGCUCGCCGAGACUGAGGCGCUGCUGGCGCGGACUCGCCGCUGGUUCGGCGACGCACACCAAAGGCCCGCGGUGCAGAGCCCUGUGCCUUUGCAUGCUGCUGCUACCCUCUCGCCGCGCCCGCCGGCGUCCGCCGGUCGCACCUCGGCCGAUCGCACGCCCGCUGAUCGCGUCCGCGAGCUCGAGCUCGAGCUGGAACUGAUCCGGACUCGUCGUGAGAGCGAGGGCGCUGCUGCUGCCGCCGCUGCCACCGGUGACACACAAGCCAAGCUUGACCGCAUUGAGUCGGUAGUCUUACAUCUCGACCGCUCGCUCUCAGUUGCGCAGCAGACAACCCGCAAUCAGCUCGAGGCCGAGCGCAAUCUGGUCGAGUCCCGCAUGCGGGUCCUCGAGUCCAAGCUCGAUCUUGCUGCGGUGCCGCCGCGAACAGACGCGCUCCACUCUGCCGCCGCCGCUGCAGAGUCUGGCUAUCAGGCCAGCCAGCCGUCCGACUCGCUCGCCGCGCUCGCCGCGCUCGCCGCCGACCUGCAGCAGACUCGCGCCGGCAUGGCGGCAUCGACCGCUACUGCUGCAGCAUCACCACAAGUUCCCCAGCGCCAUGCAGCCGACUCGACGACAACGUCCCCGCGCCGCUUGGCCUCGCCGCAUCGCCCGAGCUCGCCAAGCCCUGCGCUCCGCGCCGAGCUCGAUGCCAUGCGCGCCGAGCUCGCCGAGUCCAAGGCGCUCGCUGCCGCCGCCGCUGAGCGCGCCGCCGCCGCCGAGGCUGCCCAGCAUGCUGCGCGUCACACCGCGGCUGCCGCCGAAGACCGCGUUCUCCGCCGACACUGGUCGCCACCGUCAACUGCGGCGCGGACCAGUCACGAGCUCGAGGCGCCACCUGUGCUCGCCGCCACCUCGCGCUCGCCGUCGACCUCGCCGUCCAAGCUCCGCUUCCCGCUGCGCCAGGUCGAGACGCCCAGCGAGCGCAAGCUGGCAGAGGCCCGCGCCGGCCGCGAGCGGCUGCAACUGAGCCACGCGCCGCUCCCGCGAUCGCGCCGCAAGCCGGCGGGCUACGUUCCCAAGUCGACCUACAUCACCCCGCCCGAUGUCGCGCCGUUUCUGGCACCGUCGUCGGCGCGCGCCGCCGCCGCAGCAGCAGCAGCAUCACCACCCGCAGGGCGCUCACGAACGGCCGGCGGCAACCGCGUCCGCAGCCGCCCGGCCCGCCCGCGUACAAGCUUCAAGACCCAGGUCGUCAAUGGCAUCGAAGUUGUGUACAGCGAGCGCGAGCACCCGCUGACGUGGUCGGUCUCCGAAGUGGCCCGGAUGCAGGUCGAGGCCGCCGCCGGCGGCACCCUCCCCAUCAAGGCCUCCCCGCUCCCGACACUCCGCCUCUCCCCGAACACCUCCCGUGGCGACCACGACUCGUUCGCCCUCGACGUCGUCGAGCUCGCCACCGACAACAACACCUCGCCGCCGCGGGCCAACUCGUCCGGCGCCACGAACGAAUGA